AAAUUAUCAUGAAUAUGAAUGAUACCGAACAAUUCGAAAAAGAUAAAAAAGCCGUCUAUUCACAUCCAUUAUUUCCAUUAUUAGCAUUAUUAUUUGAAAAAUGUGAGCUAGCAACACAAUCAAUUACAUUGUUUGAAACGGAUUCAAAUCUAGCAACAUUUAAUCGUGAAAUUGAAGAUUUUAUUGAUCAUCAUCAUCGUACGUUGGGUACUAAUUCAUCAUUUUUUACCAAUAAUCCGGAAGUUGAUUCAUUGAUGCUAAAAGCUAUACAAGUAUUUCGAAUACAUUUAUUGGAAUUGGAAAAAGUAUCACAAUUAUGUCAGGAUUUUUGUCAACGUUAUAUUUCUUGUUUACGUUCGAAAAUGCGUUCGGAUAAUCUCAUACGUAGUGGUGGUGGUCAUCAAUUAUCAAUGAAUAAUGGAAAAAAACGAAAUCCUUUAUCGUCACCAUCAUCAUCGUCAUCAUCGCCCCAUUCAUUCCUAGAUGAUGAAUUUGAUAUGGAUAUAGAACCAAUGGAUAAUGAUGAUGAUGAUGAUGAUAGAGAAAAUCUAGCUAUGGAAGAUGAAUUAUCAUGUGCAUCAUCAUCAUUUUUUCCAUCCACAACAAUACCAAAUGAAACAUUAUUUUGCUCAAAUCCAUCACCAUCAUCAUCAAUUUCAUCAUCAUCAUCGUCGAAUUCAUAUUUAUCACAACAUCAUUCAUUGCAAAUAUUAACCUCAUCAUCAUCAUCAUCAUCCCCCUCUUCAUCAUUGCAUCAACCAUCACCAUCAUUAUCAUUAUCAAUAUCAUCACAGAAAUCAAAUCCUUCAUCAUCAUUAAAUUCUAUUCUAUUCAAUGGUGGCCAAAAAUCAAUUCCAAUCACUCCCAAUAAUGCACCAAUUAUGUUUUCAGGUUUAUCUAAUCCAUUGGUAUUCAAUUUCGAUUCCAUUAUGUCAACAUCGCCAUCAACAUUUUUGAAAUCUAUGUCCAAAUGUAUCCAGCAACAACAACAACAACCACAUUCGCCACAAGAAAAACCAAUAAGCAUAUCAAACAAUUGUGAUUCUAAUUCCAAUUCUAAUGAUGAUGAUGAUGGUGAUGAUGACAUGGUUCAUGAUCUCAGUUUGAAAUCAAAAUUAAUUAAUACAGAAUCUAUUGACAUAAAUGAUGAUAAUAAUCUCAAUAAAAAGGAGGAAGAAUUACCAUCUAAUCCAUCGAUGUUAGAUGAUAAUCAAUUGAAAUCGAAAAAAGUGAAAAAAGAAAAACAAACAAAAUCGAAAAAAUUUUCAAAUGAUAAACAAUCUGGUACGACGAACAUGAAUAAUAAUAAUAAUUGUAAACGAGGCGUUCUACCUAAACAUGCUACAUCGAUAAUGCGAUUAUGGCUUUUUCAACACAUUGUUCAUCCAUAUCCAACCGAAGAUGAAAAACGUACAAUAGCAUCUGAAACAAAUCUUACUUUGUUACAGGUGAAUAAUUGGUUUAUUAAUGCACGAAGACGUAUCCUACAACCAAUGCUUGAUUCGGCCAAUAAUGGACGAACAAAAUCAAUAUCCGAUUCAUCAUCAUCAAAUGAACAAUCAAUCAAUAAUCGAUUUUGGCCACAAUCAUUGGCUAACAUGGAAUAUCAAUUAACUAAAGAUAAUUAUAAUGAUGAUGAUGAUGAUGAUGCUAAAGAUGUUGAUAAUGGUAAUGAUAAUGAUGAUGAACAGAAAAAACUUACAGCAACACCUGAAGUAUUGAAAAAUCGUAUAUUAAUCAAAGCUAAACGACGAAAUUUACAAGAUUCAACAUCAUCAUCGAAUGUAUUUAGUGGAUUUAAAGGUUUCUCAUCAUUUAGUAGUGGUAAUGAUGGUGUUGGUAAUGAUUCCAAAUCAUCAUCAAAUUUUGCAUUCAAUUUUGGUACAACAACAUCAACAAUAACAACUGCUGCUUCAUCAACAGCGACAGCAACAACUUCGACUUCAAGUGAUUCAAAUAAUUCAUCAUUUACAUUUGGAUCAAAAUUAUCUACGGGUAUUGUUAAUCCAAAACAAAAUGGAAAUAUUCCAGAUUCCAAUAAAAUUGACAUUCCAUCUUCUUCUUCAUCGAUCGAAUCAUCAACAACAAAAAUGAUUAAUGAAAAUAAAACUAAUGAUGAUAAAGAAUCGGCCGUUUUUUUAGCUAAUCUAAAUAAAUUGAAUAAAAGUUUUGUUGAACAUAUUUGUCAAUAUACAUCGAAUCCAAAAUCAAUUUAUGAUCUAACAUUAGUUUGUGAAGAAUAUAUUGCAAAAUGUAAAAAACUUCAUGAAAUAACACCAACAGAUUCUUUAAAAUUUAUCAAGAAUAAUGUUGUUAAUGAUGAUGACGUUGUAGAAAAAAGUAGCGAUGAUAAUCAGAAAAAAAUGGAUUCUCAGUCAACCAUAAAAUCAUCAUUCACAAUGCCAUCAUCAACAUCAUUAACAAAAAAAUCGAUGGAAAAUAGUAAGCUAUUUUCGUUUGGCGUUAAAAAUGAUGCGGUAGAUUCUUCUUCUUCAACUUCAACUAAUAUUGAUGCUAAUAAUAAAAAACCUUUAUCAAGUGCUGAUGAUGGUAAUAUUAAUAAAGGAUUUUCAUUCAAACUUGAUUCCAAAAUAACAUUCGGUGGUAAUAUUUUUGGUGGUAAUAAUAAUAAUAAGGAUAAUGAUCAACAACAGGAGCCAAAAAAAUCUUUAUUUCCAACAACAACAUUUCCAACGACAAAUCCGAUUUCAUUAUUCGGCAGUAGCAGUGGUGGUAGUAAUAUUAUGAAAAAAAUUGAAGAUUCAAAUACCGAAACGGCUACGGCUACUGGUGAUGGUGAUAAUGAUGAUGGUGGCGAUGGUGAACAUGAACAGCCACCAAAAGUUCAAUCAGUUGAACAUAAUGAAGAUGAUGCUGUUUAUACGAAAAAGUGUAAAUUGUAUUAUAAAAAAGAUGAAAAUUUUGUUGAAAAAGGAUUAGGUUUUCUUUAUAUAAAAACACCGAAACUUAAUCAAGAUGAUACAAAAGAUAGUAGUGGUGAUGGUGGUAAAUCACAAUUAUUGAUUCGUGCCGAUACAAAUAUGGGAACAAUUUUAUUGAAUAUAGCAUUGAUCGAAUCUUUGCCGAUAACGAAAGCAGAUAAAGGAAAAGGUGUUUUACUUACCUGUAUACCGAAUCCACCAUUGGAUGCCAAUAAAAUUAAGAAAAAUAACAACAAUGAUGAUAAUUCUGACGAUAAUGAUAAACAAACUGUUACAUUUUUAAUUCGUUGUAAACAAUCUGAUUGUGAUGAAUUAUAUGAUAAUCUAAUGAAAUAUAAAAAAUGAACCGAAAGAGAGAGAGAGAUGCUUAUCAAAAUGACAGGGUCGAUAAAAGUCGUUUUACCUCACAUCAUUAAUGUGAUUUUUUUAAAUUCAUUUUUUCUUUUUUCUUUUUGUUGACAAAAAUCGAUCGGCUUGUCAUUAUUACACAAUAUAACGAUUUCUUGUUUUCA